CACACAAACAAAUUAAGAACAGUCUUAAAGAAAGAAGAAGAAAAUGUCGUUAACUCAACUUAUCUUCAUUUACGCACUCGUCUCUCUCUUACUCUCCGGCUUCGCUUCCUCUCAAAAGUUAGCCAAAGAUGAAGUGGACGUUUUAAGAGCCGUAGCGAAGGGGUUACACCAAAAUAACUGGGAUUUCAGUGUGGAUCCAUGCGACGUCGCUUCAACCGUAGGAGGUUGGAGAACUCCUGACGCCGACGAGGUUACUUGUAACUGCUCCUCCUCCGUUUGCCAUGUCAUCUACAUAGAUGUCACGAGACAAGACCUUAAUGGAUCUCUUCCGAAAGAGUUUGCAGGACUUCCUUUUCUGCAGGGAAUUGAUCUGUCUAGAAAUUUUCUCAAUGGUCCAAUUCCUCCCGAAUGGGGAGCCUUGCCACUUGUAUACCUUAACUUAGGUGGAAACCGAAUAACUGGUCCAGUCCCAAAAGAGAUUGGAAACAUUACAAGCCUUGAGUUCCUUGGCCUUGAUUUCAACCAAAUCUCAGGGAAAUUACCUCCAGAGCUUGGGAAUCUACCAAACAUUCAAAUAUUGCAUCUUCGAUCGAACUACUUGAGUGGAGACAUCCCAAGUACAUUCUCCAAACUUACUACAUUGACUGAUUUCCGUAUAAGUGACAACCAGUUCACCGGUAGUAUACCAGAUUUCAUCCAGAACUGGACAGAACUUGAAAAACUGGUUAUUCAAGCAAGUGGGUUAGUCGGACCGAUUCCUAAAACCAUUAGUUCUCUCAACAAGUUAACAAAAUUGAGAAUCAGUGACUUGAGCGGACCAGAGUCUCCAUUUCCGCCACUACAAAACAUGAUAUCAAUGAAGACACUGAUUCUUAGGAACUGCAAUCUUACAGGAGAGUUACCACCGUAUCUUGGACCAAUCACAUCAUUAAAACUCUUAGAUCUUAGCUUAAUAAACUAAGUGGACCAAUUCCGG